AAUGGCUGUUUGUGUGACCGAGGGGGCUGGGCUGCUCGGAGCGAGCACUGAGCUGCAUGAGUUUGUAAUGUCCGCCAUGUUGGCCAUGGCGUAUUGAACCGGGCAGGAACAGCGGAGCGCAGGAGCGAGAGAGACCGACAGACAGCGACUGAGACCCGGGCCUGCCCGGCUCUGUUCGCGCUGCUACCCGGACCUGAAGCCUGCCCGUCAGACCGACUCUAAAGAGACCGCGACAGAUUCCUCAAUGAGGACUCGAAGCAGACGUGCUGUUACUCCAGGCAGUUCCCAGAGAUUUAUGCUGCAUCUUUUAAUAUAAGAAAUGAGUAAACUGUCGUUUCGGGCGCGGGCGUUGGAUGCUUGUAAGCCCCUGCCCGUCUUCCGCUGCGAGGACUUGCCCGACCUGCACGAAUAUGCAUCCAUCAACAGGGCGGUGCCGCAGAUGCCAACUGGGAUGGAAAAAGAGGAGGAAUCGGAGCACCAUCUCCAGCGAGCCAUCUCGGCCCACCAGGUGUACGGAGAGAAGCGGGACAGCAUGGUUAUCCCGGUCCCCGAGGCGGAGCGCAACAUCCCGCACUACGAGCUGCUCUACCCCGGGGACUUCAAAAUGCCAAAGCAGCUUAUUCACAUACAGCCUUUCAGUUUGGAUACGGAGCUGCCAGACUAUGACCUGGAUACAGAGGACGAGACGUUUGUGAAUAAGCUGAAGAAGAAGAUGGAGAUCACCCCGCUGCAGUUUGAAGAGAUGAUUGAUCGGCUGGAGAAAGGCAGCGGACAGCAGCUUGUCAGUCUGCAGGAAGCCAAGCUGCUGCUGAAGGAGGACGAUGAUCUGAUCAAGGAGGUCUUUGACUACUGGAGCCGCAAAAGGAAAACCUGUAAGAGCGGCUCGCUCAUCCCCACCGUCAAGCAGGAGAAGAGGGAUGGCUCGAGCACCAGCGACCCUUACGUGGCCUUCCGCCGACGGACGGAGAAGAUGCAAACCAGGAAGAAUCGAAAGAAUGACGAGGCGUCGUACGAAAAGAUGCUGAAGCUACGCAGAGACCUGAGCCGCGCUGUUACCAUCCUGGAGAUGAUCAAGAAGAGGGAGAAGGUCAAGAGGGAACUGCUGCACCUCACCUUGGAGGUAGUAGAGAAAAGGAACGUGAUGUCAGACUUUGGCACCGAGGUGAUGGCUGAAGCACAGCAGCGGGCUCUGGUGAAACCCAUCUACACCAUCCCCAUCAUUCCCCUGUCCAACAGUAAUCAGUACCGUCACCAGGACCACCACAUGGACAUGAAGGACUACAAGAAACCUGAGAAGGCAGAGGCUGUACGAACCAAAAGGAAAUAUGAGAAGAAACCCAAAAUGGCUCCAAUGUCAGCAACUCCACAUUCAGGGCCCUUCGUGUUUAAUCCUAAGGACCUCAACCAGUAUGAUUUCCCCAGCUCAGACGAAGAGCCCUUCUCACAGAUCCAUUCAGGUUCCUCUGAGGCAGAGGAGGAGAAUGACCCAGAUGGCUGCUACGCAUUCAGGAGAAAGGCUGGCUGUCAGUAUUACGCUUGUCGUCCAGACAAGGCUGGCAGCUGGCCCUGGGUAAGCCCGUCAGAGGGUGGGCUUGGCGACCCGCGCUACCGCUACUGUCUAACCUCGCUCAACACGCCAUGGCGCUGCAUCGGUUUGGCACGGCGCCGCAUGGGCAGAGGGGGCAGAGUUUUAAUGGACAGAGCCCACACGGAUCUGGACAUCUCCCAGAGUGUGGACUCCGACCCGGAGCCAGAACCGCUCUCCUCACCACUUCUAAGCUCUCCGCUUCGCAGCUCCAACACCAGUACCUCAGAAACCAAUACCUCGGACCCCACCGGCUCCUCCAGCUGUCCUCAACCUUCGUCAUCGCCCCCUUCAUCAUCCUUACCUGUUAAUCUUAGCCGGAUUCUUUUGAACAUUAAAGCAUGCCGCUGGAGGCAUUUCAGACCGCGGACGCUAUCCCAGCACCCCGCAGGGCGAGGGGAUAUUUCUCGCAGUGGAUUUAGGGAUUUUGGGCGAACCAUGUCAGGAUUAAGUCGGACCCUGUCGGGAGGUUCAGUCUCCCAGAGCCGCAAUGGAUCUACCACUACUCCUGUCAACGCGUUCACUGCCGAGCAGUACCAGAAGCACCAGGAGCAGCUGGCUCUGAUGCAGAAACAGCAGCUGGAGCAGAGCCAGAAGCAGCAGAAACCGCAACAACAGGUCAACAGCCUCCCAACGUCAACCACAAACACACAGGCCAUCGUGUCUAAAACAUUGGACCAAGCCAGCGCCCAGUUUGCUGCCUCGGCCCUCAUCACCACUGAUCAACUGCUCGGCUUCAAAUCCAAAGAGGAGCUGGUGCUCGCAACUGGAGUCAACGGGGUCCUGACAGGUGCUGGCGUUUACAAAAACCUGCACCUCACCAGCACCGCCUCCACUCUCCACACGACCAACCAGUCGACACACACUACCACGGUCGCGGCCACGACCUUCCUGCAGCCCCCCAUCAGCACCACCAUCCAUACGCCCGCCAGCGUGGUCCCCGCAUCCAUCAACGCCGCCCCGGGCACCCACACGGCCGCCACCGCAGCAGCUCUGGGGCUGCUUGGAUGCGGCGCCGCCCCCACAACCACUCAGGUCCUCAUCGGGAACAACAUCUGUCUGAGCGUGCCGUCGCCCGGCAGCCUCGCGGGACGCCACCUCCCACGGACCCUCGGCAACGUGCCAGCCUCUGCCUUAAAGCUGUCCACCUCCACCCAUCUGCAGAUGCCCAAAGUCUCUGGAGCGUCGUCCAUGGAUAUGAGCUCCAGGGACAAUCACGACGAGGACAAGCCAGCGCUGAACAGUAUAGCAGACAACACGGUCGCCAUGGAGGUGACGUAGUAGCCGCCGGAUGCGGCGCGGCAGCAGGUCCACUCUGUAGAUGCUGUGCAUCGUAGCAUUGGGGACGCAAAAGGAACAUCAGGACUCUACCGGGCGCAACAGCGAUUCUCAUCUCUUUUUACACCCUUUUUGUUAAGAAGAUAUUGACUCAUGUAAACUAUAAAUAUGACUAUAAAUUAGUAUCUGUACAGCAACUCCAUAUUUGUAAUAUCCCCCUGUAAAUAUAUUACUUGAAUACAUACUGUCCAUUGGUGAUGUUUUGCACUUGGGAGUCAAACUUAAAAGAAAAAAAAAAAGAUUAAGCCAAGUUAUCUUGUGGCGAGUGUGAGAGCUGUACAGAGAAGAGUUUUAUCAUGUGCAUGGUGCGGAGCCUGCUGGUUUUAUCUAUUUAUUGUGCUGUGUUUACAAUUUGUUCUUUUUUUGUUUGUUUGUAGCUUUUGGUUUUUGUUUCUUUUUAAUUUUAAUUUGUACACUGUACCUUUGUUGGUUCCUGUGCUGUAGUAUAUGUUUUAAUAGCUACGGACUCCUGGGUAUUUUUGUAUUUUGUGAACACAAAGCAGGCCCAACCCACCCCCCUUUCAUAUCAUUUUGGUUUCGUUUUUCUCUGUGGAUCACAUUAAAGUGAGCUGUGAUUAUAGAUGCAGAUCAGGAGAUGAGGAGGAGGCAGGAGAUGGAGCGGUUUGGCAGGAGAGCUGCGCCUCCUCUUCAGAUAAUGUCCCAAACACAAGUAACAAAAACAGGGAUGAAGUCUCUUCCCAGAAGCGUCUGCUGCUUCGGAUUAAAGCACUAUUGUUUGUGACUCUUGUUGUUUUUAUACAAAUAUCAAUGCUGCUUUUUUUAUUUUAAAGGAGUCAUCCGUCAUUUUCAUGCAAGUGGAAUCUCUUUGUUUUAUCUGACUUUUUUUUUUUUUUUGUACAAAACAAAAAAGGCUAUUUUUGUAUUUUGUGUUUUUCCUUGUGGUUCAAUUGAUUGUAAGCUUCUUUAUUUUUUUUUAAGACUUCAUUCUUUUGUUACUUGUUCAUGCAUAGGUGAAAAGGGAGGUGAACGGGCAGUAAUCGCUGUUUCAUCAUUCCAGGUUUAAUUAUCAGAAAGAAAAAAAAUCCCAACGAGGGGUGUUGUGGGAAUGCAUUCUCUCACUUCCUUUUUUUUUUUUCCUUAAAUUUUUUUUUAUCUUGGUAAAAAGAAUCUCCAGAUGGCUGCAAGGCCAAAAACCACAAGUAUUUGGUGCCUUCCUUUUGGGGAAAUGUAUGUCGUCUCUUCUGUGAAGAGUUAGAGGCACAAAGGCAGCAUUACUUAGUAGUGCUUCUUGUCUUUGUUAGAACCUGAAUGCCCAGUCCAAUGGCAAAAUAUAUCUUUGAGGUUUACUUGUCCCACCUGGAGGCUGAAAAAGACUUAAAAAAAAAAUGUGACAGAACUCUCACUAAAAUAAGAAAAUAAAGCCCAGGGCAUUAAAUGUGAACUUCUU